GUUUCUUUGCUACGAGUUUAUAAUUGUGAUAAAAUUCUUUUGAUGAAAUUUCCAUUAUUUUUUGUAUCAACUUCAUCCUUUAGAUAUUAUUAUAGCGUUCAUCAUAAAUUUCAACUACAAUAUCAUCUUCUAAAACAUCAACUACAGUAUAUUCAUUCGAGAAAAAUUCAUAGAUUUUCGACGAAUUUUAAAAUGGCAGCCGAAGUAGAACAAAAAAUCAGCAACAUGACAUUGAAUGAUUUGAAUCCACAACCUGAUUUCAUUGCUAAACGUUUAGAAUUGUGGGAAAAAUUUAAAAAACGUUAUGAAGCUGAAUUGGCCGAUAAUCAAAGCAAAAGUAUUGAAAUUACAAUCGUUGCUAAGAAUAAAGAUGGAGAAACAAGAGAAAUCAAGGGUAAUAGUUGGAAAACGUGUCCGAUUGAUGUGGCCAAACAGAUUUGUCCGAAAUCUUUUUGUGAUACGUUAGUUAUUUCUAAAGUUAAUAAUGAACUUUGGGAUCUCGAACGUCCGCUUGAAGGAAAUUGUACUUUAGAAUUUUUAACCUUUGAUUGUUUUGAAGGAAAACAAGUAUUUUGGCAUUCGACAGCACAUAUUUUGGGCGAAUCUUUGGAAAGAAUUUAUGGUGGUCAUCUUUGCUAUGGACCUCCAAUUGAAAAUGGUUUCUAUUAUGAUAUGUAUUCAUCAGGCUGUUGUAGCGGUGAUACCGAUCUUAGUGCUGUCACACAGGCUCACUAUCCAUCUAUCGAGAAUUCAAUGAAAUCUAUUUGUAACGAAAAACAACCAUUCGAACGUUUAGAAUUGACCAAAGACGAAUUAUUGGAAAUGUUCGCCUAUAAUCAAUUUAAAGUUCGUAUUUUAAAGGAAAAAGUUAAAGAGCCAAAAACUACCGUUUAUCGUUGUGGUAGUCUAAUUGAUCUUUGUCGUGGACCACAUGUAAGACAUACCGGAUUUGUCAAAGCCUUUAAAGUGACCAAGUCAUCAUCGUCAUAUUGGGAAGGUAAAGCUGAUGCAGAAGCAUUACAACGAGUUUAUGGCAUUUCUUUUCCGGAUUCAAAACAAUUAAAAGAAUGGCAACGAUUUCAAGAAGAAGCCGCUAAACGAGAUCAUCGAAAAAUUGGCCGUGAACAAGGUCUUUUCUUUUUCCAUGAACUUAGUCCGGGAUCAUGUUUUUUUACUCCACGCGGAGCAUUCAUCUACAAUACUUUAAUUGAUUAUUUAAAGAGUGAAUAUCGUAAACGUGGUUUUCAGGAAGUUGUUUCGCCAAAUAUUUUCAACAUGAAAUUAUGGCAUAUUUCUGGUCACGCUGAACAUUAUGCAGAUAAUAUGUUUCAAUUUGAAUUGGAGAAAGAAAAAUUUGGUCUCAAACCAAUGAACUGUCCUGGUCAUUGUUUAAUAUUUGAUUCGGAUAUUCGUUCAUGGCGUGAUCUACCACUUCGUCUUGCCGAUUUUGGUGUAUUACAUCGUAACGAAUUGUCUGGAGCAUUAACCGGUUUGACUCGUGUUCGUCGAUUUCAACAAGAUGAUGCCCAUAUAUUCUGUACGAUCGAUCAGAUAAACAAAGAAAUAAAGGGCGCAUUAGACUUUUUGAAUGCUGUUUAUUCGCUUUUUGGUUUCACUUUUGAUCUUUGCCUAUCGACUCGACCUGAAGGUUAUCUAGGCGAACUAGCUGUUUGGGACCAAGCCGAAAAAGCUUUGUCCGAUGCAUUGAACGAAUCGGGUUUAAAGUGGAAACUGAAUCCCGGUGAUGGUGCAUUUUAUGGCCCUAAAAUUGAUAUCACCAUUAAUGAUGCAUUACGUCGACCACAUCAAUGUGCAACCAUUCAAUUAGAUUUUCAACUACCCAUUCGAUUCAAUCUUAAUUAUUCGGCUGAAGAUGGAACGAAAAAACGUCCGGUUAUUAUUCAUCGAGCAAUAUUAGGUUCAGUAGAACGAUUUAUUGCAAUUUUAACUGAAAACUUUGCAGGAAAAUGGCCAUUUUGGUUAUCACCCAGACAAGCUAUUGUUCUUCCUGUUGGACCAAGUUGUAAUGAGUAUGCUGAAAAAGUACGACAACAAUUACAUGAUGCUGGAUUUCAAUCUGCUUGUGAAUUAGAUCCAGGUUUAACUAUUAAUAAAAAAGUACGUAAUGCACAAUUGGCACAAUUCAAUUUUAUUCUGGUGGUCGGUGAUAAAGAAUCAGCCAACAAUACGGUCAAUGUUCGUACUCGUGACAAUAAAAUUCAUGGAGAAAUUUCUAUCACCGAUUUGAUUGAAAAAUUUAAAAAUUUCAAAUUAGAAAAAACUAUAAAUGCUGAAGAAAUUUUCUAAAAAAAAUUAUUGAAAUCAAUAAAAAAUUAUUAUCACAAUCA